GAAUCCUUGAUUUUUAUUUUUGGCUGUUCUUUACAUUCUCACUUGCAUGGUUGGUUCAUCUCUUGUCCAUAAAAAUGCAUCAACAGGAUAUAACACCAAUGGAAGUGGACGAAGAUCCUUCGAGUGAUUUUCUUUCACCUGAAAGUUGGAAAAUUAUUAAAAAUAGAUAUGGUAACAAAAUAAAGAAUCAUUUGUAUAAUACAGAUAAAAGUAAAUUUGUAAAAACAAAACUUGGUGCAAUAAUGGUGGAGGACGAAAUGGAAUUGAUAUCAUAUCAAACAAUGAAUGAAAAGUCAAAAAGAAACACUCAACGUUCUAAUAAUGUUGUUGAUGAUGAUGAAAGUGAUCAUGAUAGUGAUGAUGAUGAUGAUAUAUCACCAAGUAUUGAAAUAAUUGAAAAAGAAUUUGAAAAUGAUGUUGAGCUUUUAUCAAUACAUCCAAAAAUAAAAUAUGAUAGCAUAACAAAUGAAGCUGUUAAUAAAAAUUCAUCAAAAAAUACUUCAAAAGUAUCAGAUAUCAUAAAAAAUUUAAAACGAAAUAUCAAAUUAUCUGAGAUUAAUCAAGAAAGAAGAAAUAAACAUAUAAAAGAUGGAAUAUUUCUUAAAUUUACAACAUAUAAUCUUGAUUCAAAAAUUUCAGUAACAGGUUCAGAAAUAUUUGAAAUAAUAUUUGCCAAUUACAUUGAUCGAAAUCAAAAGUGCAAAAUAAAACAAAUGUUAACUACAAUGUUGGAUAAUUUUAAAGAAAAACAUUUGGAAUUUCAUUACACAAAGCUUUUACUUAAUUUGCCAAAAAAAUUUGAAAAGUAUCGAGUUGAAAUGCCAAUAAAAUUAAUAAUGACAUAUAUGUCAAAAGUAAUGCUCAAUGUAGUACCAAAAGAAUUAUUUGGUUCUUCAUUUCAUAACAUAAAGUUAAUAUUAAGAUUUUUUAAACAACAUUUAAAAGCUUGUCAUUAUUCUAAAUUUCCUUAUAAUUUAUGUUUCACUCUAAAAACAAAUGACGUUAAAUGGCUAAAUGAAAUUGAUGAUUUAUCAGAUAAAAUAAAAAUCAUGUCAAUAUUUGCAGGAUGGUUUAUUAAUUACUAUGUACUUGGAAUAUUUAAAUCAAUGUUUGCAAGUACAAAAACAACAAGUUCAGCUAAGAAAAUAUACAUGUUGAAAGAUCCCUGGCAAUAUAGAACAAAUCAAUACAUUAGUAGACAAAAAAAAAAUAAUGCAUAUGAAGAAACAAAUAUUGAACCAAAAAUUAAUUCACAAAGUUUAAUAUCACUUGAAUUAUUACCAAAAAAAUGUGGUCUACGUACAAUUUAUCAUGUAAUAAAAAAUAAUCCAGAAAGUGAUAUAGACAAAGAAAACAAAUAUUAUAGAAAAUUGAUUACAAAAUUUUUACAACAAUUAUUAAUAACAAAUUUUGAAUGUUUUUCAUCAGAUAAACUUCAUGAUGUUUGGCUAGGUGUUGUUAAUAAAAAAAAAACAGAUCCAGAUACAAAAACGUUUUUUAUUGCUACUGAUAUUGCCAAUGCAUUUCCAUCAAUUGAUCAGAAUAAAUUACUACAAAUUAUCAUGAAGUUAACAGAAUCAUUACCCAGUAAUUUGAGAUUAAAAACAUAUGGAAUGUUGGUUAAAAAAAAUAAAAAUGAAUAUAUAAUUGAUAGAAGUCGUCAAUAUUUUGAUAAUUUGGACUUACCAUUAGCAGCUAAUCGUUUGUGUUGUGUUACUGGUAAUGAUCGACAAAUAACAUUUAAAGAAUUACAAGAAAAAAUUGUUUCAUAUAUUUUGAAUCAGUAUGUUGUUAUUGAUGGAAAAAAUUAUAUAUUAAAAGAAGGUGUUGCACAGGGUUUAAAUACUUCAUCAAGUUUUUCAGAAAUAUAUUACAGUACAAUGGUAAAAGAUAACUUUUUAAAAUUUAAAAAAGAAGGUAAUUUAUUUAGAUAUGUUGAUGAUUUUUUAUACAUAACACAUGAUGAAGAAAUUGCUAAAGAUUUUUUAAAUAUUAUUAAAAAAGGAAUUAACAAUUAUAAGUGUAAAUUUUCAAAAAGUAAAACAUUUACAAAUUUACAACCAUAUUGUAAUAAAGAAUUUUCUUAUCUUGGAUAUAAAUUUAAUAUUGAUACAUUACAAAUAAUUCCUGAGUUUUUUGAUAAACCAAUUCAAUAUAUGGUAACAUCAGAUGUUGUGGAACCAGAUAAAACACUUGCAACGUUUUAUAAAAGACUUAAAAAUAUACAAAUGCUUAAAAUAAAUCAAUUGAGUUUGAGUUAUAAAAUAAAUAAUUCAAGUACAAUUGAAAAUACUGUUAAAAAAAUAUCAAAAAUUGCUGCUGAUAAAUGUGCUAUUUUAUUGGUAAAUAUGUUUGAAAUUGAGGAUAUUAUUUAUAAUAAAAUUAUUAGUAUUAUGAGAAAAUAUAUUCAUUUUUUGACUAAAAAAAUUAUCAUGAAUUUUUGUCUUGAAAGCGACAAGUGUCAUUUGCAAUUUCAAGAUGUUCAAGAUAUUAUUUGGAAAGCUCAUGCUAAAGCUAUUAAUAGAAAACCUGCUUUGUAUAAAAAAAUUGGUAAAAUACUUAAGUAUAAAUACAGUGUUGUAUAA